AUGGAGGGCAUGGAAUAUCUCUACGUUCCUGGCCUUCCAGAACUUGUACCACUGGAAAUCGGCCUCACACUUAUGGCAAACAAGGGUCCCAGCUCACCCAACAUAAUCGAUCUGCUGGAUUGGCAGGACUUUCCAGACCAUUAUAUAAUGGUCCUGCAGCGCCCUUCACCAUGCCUGAGUGUGUUCAAGCUUUUGGAGAGCUGUGGCAACAUCUUUGAAGAAAGGUUUGCUCGGUAUGUGAUGCGCCAGGUUAUCGAGGCAGCUGAGACCUGCUGCCGGCGCGGAGUAUUCCACAGAGAUAUAAAAUUGGAGAACUUGAUCAUCAACACACACACCAUGGAUGUCACACUGAUUGACUUCGGCUGUGGGAACCUGUUCCACGAAACAGAGUACCACACUUUUAGUGGCACAGAGAUGUACUGCCCUCCAGAGUUUUUCGAAACGGGCAAAUACUUAGCACGGCCAGCAACCGUGUAUUCGCUUGGAGUGCUGCUAUACACUAUGGUGUGCGGAUAUAUGCCAGACUACACGGAUCGGGAAAAGAUGCAGCACUGGCUGUGGUAUCUGCCGUCUUUGUCCUGUGAAUGCAGUCAUCUCAUAAAUGCCUGUCUGCAUCCCGAUCCCAGCGAGAGGAUACUACUGGAGCAGAUCCUCCUCCACGACUGGUUUACGAUCACACCAUCAGACAUGGAGGAUGAGCGCCCGGUCCUGGUCAUGCAGGAAGAACUGAUUAGCCAGGCAUGCUAA